GUCACUGUAAUUUAUGAUAUUAAUUAUGUUCAUUGUGUUGAAUGUCAACGAAAUUGGUUAAUUUCCAAAAACAUAAUUACAAGUACAACGAUUUUAUUCGUUUUUCAAUGAAAAUAUAGUGCAUAUAUUGAAUCCUAACAAUUCUAUUCUAAAUAUUUUAUUCGGGAUGCCUUGACGAAAGAAAUUUUAUUUCUGAGCUUGUUGCAUUUAUUUUAUAAACAAAUUAUCUUCCAAUUGACAAAAUUUGUCUAAAUAAAAGUGUUAGGAAGAGUUUAAUGAUGUCAGCCACUGAAACUACGGUUAUUUUUGCAAAGCUAGAAGCGUUGAAAGACAUUAAGUCAAAAACACUUCAAUUGGAAAAAAUGAAGCAAAGAAUUUUGCAAGAAGUAGAACAGACUGAACAAGAAGAAAAAUGUUUGUUAGAAUAUAAACAGGAAAUGGAUCUUCUUAUGCAAGAAAAAAUGGCACAUGUUGAAGAAUUACGACAAAUACAUGCAGAUAUAAAUGCGAUGGAAGCUGUUAUUAAACAAGCAGAAGAAGCUAGAAAUAAAGCAAGAGAGACUGCAAAAUUAAUUCACAAUAAUGAUUAUCAACCUUUAAAACAUGAUAUUGAUCGUAUGCGUAGAGAAUUUUUAGGAUUGGAAAGGUUACCAGAAUUAUAUGAAACAGAAUCUGAUCUCAUUUCACCAGAUUAUUUUGACCGUCCAAUGCAAAAAGCAGAAUGGAGAGUAGAAGUAAGAGGAGAAGAUUUAUUACCUCCUCUUACUUUACAUCAUCCUGGCCAUCCAGGUGGUUCAACGCCUUUUCUUGCUCCUCAACCUCUUCAAGGUCCAAGUAAGCCAGAACCAAGACCAUUACCACCAGCCCCAGGCCCACCUGCUCCAACAUUCAGGUACCACUGGCAACAACCACCUCCUAUGAAAUCAUGCUUAUCAUGUCACCAACAAAUUCAUAGAAAUGCACCAAUCUGUCCUCUUUGUAAAGCUAAAUCUCGAUCACGUAAUCCCAAGAAACCAAAGAAAAAAGAUUAAUUAUAAUUAUAAGUGUUAUUUAUAUAAAAUCAACCAUUUCAGUCAUAUAAUUCUAAGAAUACAUGUUAAUGUUUUUUAUAACUUAAAAUAAUUCAAUUCCUAUAAAAACAUCCAUUUAUACAAAAUGUAUGUAUUUAUAGUAAUGUUUUUAAUUUUUUGUAAAAAUUAUUUUUCAUUUUUACAAUAUCUAUACCAACAAUUGUAAGACAUUAAAUUGUCAUAAUAAUUGACAAUUAAAUAAUUUUUACUUUCAUUAAGAUAUACAAAUAAAUUUAAAUAUGUUUUAUGAUUUUAAUUUUCAUAAAUUUGAAAUUGCAAUCCUAAUUUCUUAAUACAAUACAUGUUGCUUUAUCCAUAUUCUUUAUUGUAUACAUUAUUUAAGAAUAUAAUUAUUUUAGAAAACAUA